AUGUCUAGAAACACGUUCGAUCGUUCGAAUGUUCCUCCUGUUCAAACUUCGAUGUCGGCAUGGUUAACCGAUAAGACGAAGAUUGAUGAGAAUGGAGAACGCGAGGAAGUCAGAUUUGUGGAUUCAGAUAUCGAAGACGCGUACCAAAAUGAAGGGGAUGGUAUGAAUCGGAAAGCUUUUCACGAGUAUUUGGAAGUGAGGAAGACGAUACGGCCUUUGAACAUAGCCAAGAGAACCAAUACGAAGAAGACUCAAUUUGAGCCCCAUGGUACAAGAAGUAUUUCUUGUGUCGAAGUUAACGGAACACGUCCGGCUACGUCUCUUAUCACAGCAUUCGCUAUCACAAAUCGAUCAGCUCAGAACUCUUUUGUUCUAUCCAGAGAGGCUACGAUGCGCAAGUGGGGUCUGCCAGGUGAAGAUAUUCCUGAGGAAACACCGAAACAAGUUCGAAAGGCCAUGCUCAGUCUUGAGUCUCUAGUCCGCCAAUCCGAGGAUGACUCUUCAGCUCCACAUUUACAUGAUCUAGGGCAAAACAACUUAACUGCUGAUCACGAAGCCGAAGCUCGGCGGCUACUAACAUCACCAAAGACUUCACCACAGUUACUUGACAAAGUUGACCAGAUUCCUUUUGUCCCCAUUGCUCGAAGCCGCGUCAGUCAAUUAAGACAAAGUAUCGAUAAUAGCAAUCUACUCAACGACCGGCCAGCUCCGGUUUCUUCGAGCGAACGCCAACUAAAGUAUAGAACCGACGAUCCCAAUGCCAUUCGCACAGCUUCAGGCUCGAGCAGACCCUCUAAUUUCGCUCUUUCCGGACACCGAUACCACCGUUCUGCGUCUCGGUUCGGACCGCGAAGUGCUUCUUCAAGUGGGCUUACUGCAGAUGAAUUCAUGGCUGCUAUUCACCGCGGUCCCUCAAGGUCUAACUCACGAAUGAAUGCGACUUCACCAUCGUUCCGUCCUACUUUUAUGGGAAGAAAUUAUUCUCAGAAAUCCUCCGCUACCGUCGAUCAAAAUAUUCCUGAUCUUGUUUCGCAAUCCGAGCUAGCAGUUUAUCCAUUCAACUCUGCUUCUAUCGCUCCUAGGAGACUUGGCCAUUCUGUCAACACGAUUCAUCGCCAUGGUAUUCGCUUACGUUCAUCUAAUAUACCAUCUGACCAUAAUAUCAUCGUGGCUAAAGGCCGCCGCGGACCAGUUAGUCAAGAGGACCAACCAGAUACCCCAGAAGUUCCCAUAAGAGAACCUCUUCAUGAUCUUUCUUUUCUCCCAAAGGAAGGAUUUGAUCCAGCAAAAGAAACACCAGCUGAAACCUCCACACGAAAGGAACGUACCAUGCUCGCUUACUUUAUCCACACCGGAGUCAGCUUUGCCGACGAUGAAGGAGUCCGAAAAGCAAGGUUUCGAUUUCAACGUAUCUGGGAAGACUGUCGACUGGGCCCUACGACUUUUGAGAAGCCAAGUUCUGACGGGGAGAUCACUGACUGGAUCUAA